AUGACCUGUUUGUGUUAUAGAGCUCUUUUUCUCAUCUGCUUUACAGCACAGGUGUUGACAGUAGCCUGGUCCCAAGUAUGUCCACGGAGGUGCAAGUGCCAAGAGGAGCCCCCGAUCUGUGACCCCGGUGUGCCCCUUAUCCUGGAUGACUGCGCCUGCUGCCUCACGUGCGCUCGUCUGAAAGGUCAGGCGUGUUCGGAAAUGAACCCCUGCGACACACGGAAAGGCCUGCAGUGUGACUACACCGCUGGCAAAAACAAAAACACGGGCAUAUGUGUCGUUCACGAAGGAGAAGUCUGUGUUCUGGAUGGUACAGUCUACCAGAACGGCCAGACCUUCUUCCCCAGCUGCAAACACCAGUGCAUGUGCCGGGACGGGCAGAUUGCCUGCAUACCGCGCUGCAACAUUGAUGUCAUGCUGCCCGGACCUGAUUGCCCUGUGCCACGCAAGGUCCAGGUUCCUGGAGAAUGCUGUGAGAAGUGGGUGUGUGAGCCCCAGGCUGAGGCCAGCGCACUGGGAGGCUUUGCUAUGGCAGCCUUUCGCCAAGAGGAAACAGUGAACUUUGAUUCGUGGGACCCCAGUUUGAACUGCAUCGAGCAAACCACCGAAUGGGGUGCCUGCUCUCGGACCUGUGGAAUGGGGGUAUCCACCAGGGUCACCAAUAAGAACCGCCGUUGUGAAAUGGUGAAACAGAGCAGGUUGUGCAUGAUCAGACCCUGCGAUGACCAGGAGGAGCAGACAGCGCUCUCACAGCCAAAGAGAGGCAGUAAGUGUCAGAGGAUGGUACGGAGCGACACCGCCCUCCAGCUCUCCUACAAGAACUGCACUAGCGUCCAGGCCUACAAACCUCGAUACUGUGGCUCCUGCACAGAUGGUCGCUGCUGCACCCCACACAGAACCAAGACUGCCUUGGUGGAGUUCACGUGCGCUGGCGGUAAAACCAGCAAACGACCGGUCAUGGUGAUCAUGACCUGCGUCUGCCACAGCAACUGCCCACGAGACAACGCGGUGUGGCAGCCUUCGGAGCUGGGCUACAGUGGUAUGACGUUAUAG